AUGCAGAGCCUGGAGUUGGGUUUGGUUCCCGCUCCAGCGAGGGAUCCGAGACUGACCCGCUGGCUGCGCAGAGGCAGCGGGGUCUUGGCGCACCUGCUGGCUUUGGGCUUCACCAUCUUCCUGACGGUGCUGUCCCGGCCGGGAACCAGUCUUUUCUCCUGGCACCCCGUUUUCAUGGCCUUGGCGUUCUGCAUCUGCAUGGCCGAGGCCAUCCUCCUCUUCUCGCCCGACCACUCCCUGUUCUCCUGCUGUUCCCGGAAGGCCCGGAUCGGACUGCACUGGGCGGGCCAGGCCCUGGCCCUCCUCUGCGCGGCCCUGGGCCUGGGCUUCAUCGCGGCCAGCCGGACCCGCAGCGAGCUGCCCCACCUGGCGUCCUGGCACAGCUGGGCGGGGGCCCUGACGCUGCUGGCCACGGGGGGCCAGGCGCUGUGCGGGCUCUGCCUGCUCUUCCCCCGGGCCGCCCGGGUCUCCAGGGUGGCCCGCCUCAAGCUCUACCACCUGACGGGCGGGCUGGUGGUCUACCUGAUGGCCACGGCGACGGUGCUCCUGGGCAUGUACUCGGUGUGGUUCCAGGCCCAGAUCAAAGGCGCGGCCUGGUACCUGUGCCUGGCACUGCCCCUCUACCCCGCCCUGGUGAUCAUGCACCAGAUCUCCAGCUCCUACCUGCCCAGGAAGAAGACGGAGAUGUGA